CGCCCAGUUCAAGCUGGUGCUGGACUCCAUCAUCUGGGCCUUCAAACACACCAUGAGGAACGUGGCUGAUACUGGUCUGCAGAUUCUCUACACGCUGCUGCAGAACGUGGCCCAGGAGGAAGCCGCCGCGCAGAGCUUCUACCAGACGUACUUCUGCGAUAUCCUGCAACACAUCUUCUCUGUGGUCACCGACACAUCGCAUACUGCUGGCCUGACGAUGCACGCCUCCAUCCUGGCCUACAUGUUCAACCUGGUGGAGGAGGGGAAGAUCACCACGGUGCUGAACCCGUCCAGCCCCACCAACAACCAGGGCUUCAUCCAGGAGUACGUGGCCAACCUGCUCAAGACCGCCUUCCCUCACCUACAAGAUGCUCAGGUGAAGGUGUUUGUCACCGGGCUGUUCAGCUUAAACCAGGAUAUUCCUGCCUUCAAGGAGCACCUUCGGGACUUCCUCGUGCAGAUAAAGGAGUUUGCCGGCGAGGACACCUCAGACCUGUUCCUGGAGGAGAGGGAGGCGUCGCUUCGUCAGGCCCAGGAGGAGAAACACAAGAUCCAGAUGUCCGUCCCGGGCAUCCUCAACCCGCACGAGAUCCCCGAGGAGAUGUGUGACUGAGCCGCGGCGCCGUCAGACUGUACAGUAGUCCAAACAAACAAAUCAACCCUAACCACAGCAAACACAACGGAACCCAAGAGACGCACUUGAGUGUGGCGGGAGGCCGCGGGCCGUCCCACCGGAUGUUUGUUGACCAAAACAAUGCCAACAACGUGUACAUGAUUACCGCGUCACCCUGUGGCCCUUUUUACAUAAUCUGCGUUUUCUAUGGAGACUUUUUUGUGUAAUAUCUUUCCAGAACUGUUACUCGAAGCUUCCGUUUUGUCGGUCCAUCCCAAGACCUGCAUGAUGAGGUUCUAACGAUUAGACUUAACCAUCUUAUUUUCCUUCUGUUCCCUCGACCUCCCACGUUCUUUUCUUUUUUUCUUUACCCCAGCUCUUCCCUUUUUCUGAUAUAUCUGUUUAUAUAUAUAUAUACAGUCUGAGCAGGUUUCUGGACCCGUGGUGUGACGGACAGGAAGUGGUCUUUCAGCGGCGGACGCGCCAUCCGGUGCCCCACUGCAUCGUGGGAGAAUGUGAAUCUAAAGGAUUAAUGAAUGAAGGCGGAGAGAUGCUGCUCCGCGUGUCGGCAUCGGCCGCUCACGAGUCCCGCUCGUGUGUGACUGCUGCCGGCAGGUUUUUUCUUUUUAGGGAAAGCAAAACCGAAAUAUGUGCAUAUCAUCCCAAUUGUAUAGCAUCUUUAAUACCAUGGGAACAUUUCUUUUUUCUUUUCUUUUUAUUCUAUUGUUUCUUUUUUGUUGUGGGUGUGUGUGCGUGUGUGCUGUCGCCGAGUCGACAUCAGCGUUUUGUUUUCCUCUAAGAGGAUUGUUGCUCAUGUGUGAGCCUUCAUCAACGGGAUGUUUUAAGGAAGUGGCGGAGGUAUUUAUGGGUUCUUAGUUGGUUGCAUCUUUAUAACAACUCCUGUUUAACUCAGAUGGCUUUUGAGAUUUUUUGAAUUGUACUAAUUUAGAUUGUUUACCAGGCGGCAGUGCUCCAAGACGCUACCUUUAGAGCAAAGUGAAAACCAAUAAAACUGGGUUUACUUUUCAUUUUGUAUUUUUGCAUUUUAUUUCAGUUGUACCUAGUUUGAGUUCAGUCCGAAUAAAACAAAAGGGUUGUUUUUUUUGGGGGGUUUUCUGACCGGAGAGCAAAUUAGGAAAUUAGGUUUAAUUAUGAAAAUAAUGUAUAAAUGCAAAUAAGCACCCGAUCUCUAAUGGCAAAUUCUCCUUCUCGAGGUGUUCCAUUUGUUGUGAACUUUUUGAACUGAUUAAAGCUGAGAAUUUUAUAACCCUG